AUGGAUCAUGGUCCACCGGUGUCAUGGGAUGAUAUUGCAGGACUGGAAUUUGCCAAGAGUGUAAUCAAAGAGAUUGUUGUGUGGCCCAUGCUGAGACCGUAAGUCUGGUGAUAAAUCCAUAUCAUAUUUACACAUAAUAAAUCAGCUUAUAGUAUUUAAAACCUACUAGAAUUGAUAGUUGAUCUAGAAUACAGUUUUAGUUGACAGAGGUGUCUGUCCUCUUAGCAUUCACGUUUCUGUGAAUUAAACGAACCUGUUGAUACAUACAUUUUAAAGUCUGUAUAAAGUGUCCUCGUCACCUUCCUUGAGUAAAUCUCUCGUAUCAAUCCAAUAGUUAGAUAAUUCUUCGUGCUCAGAUUUGGUUUCUGAUGGUCUUUAACCAGACCUGUUUCCCUUUAUCAAAACCCCGGUUUAUUUUUCAGUGACAUCUUCAAAGGCUUGCGAGGACCUCCCAAGGGAGUGCUGUUAUUUGGACCGCCAGGAACUGGAAAAACAUUAAUUGGUAAAUACUGAAACUAUUCGUGUAUAAUUUCAGAAAGAAUAAAAAAAUUUAAAUGAUGAGUACAGAACUGUUUUGUAUUUCUCUUGUCACCUGGCAGAAGACAGAUAGUGUCGAUCACUUGUAAUACUUUUAAGACCUUCUUCUUUUUAACAAUUUUUGGGUGGUAAAGAAAAGGUGUAUAAGGUUUUAUUAAAAGGAUGGAGUAUUUAGCUUGCCCUGAACAUUGGGUAAAGAAAGUUUCUGGCAGACUCAUGUGCAACCUUGUUUUUUAGCAAUGACCAUGUAUUAUCAGUGAGAACGUGGCCAGGCGGGAAGAUUAGGGCGUGAAGUCGUUAGUAAAGUGGGACCGUUUUUAACUCCUCCCUUCGGUUGUAUCAAUCCUUAAAAUCAUAAAUACUGCUUUCCUGUUUUUCUCUCGAUAAUUUGUUUUUCGGUUUGCUUGGUUUUGCUUUGUUAAAGAUCAAUCCUAGAUUGUAAAGGGGACAGGAAAUAACAAUUGUCUCAUCAUUUAUUGUUACACCGGCAGUCUUUCACUGAUCCUUGAAUUCUAUAUUAAAGACAAUCGAAAUAUAGUAUCUUUCGAAAGUAACACUCCCUGGAUCUUUCGAUUGGGUUAAAAUCUUUGUUAACUUCUCUAAAGUGAUCUUAAGUCGUUAAAAAAUUAUACACCAUAAAAUAAUGAUAAGCGAACGUGUUGAUUUAGGCAAGUGCAUAGCCAGUCAAUCCAAGGCCACAUUCUUCAGUAUCAGCGCGUCAUCUCUUACAUCUAAGUGGGUAAGUGUACACUAAUAAUAGACAACUUAUUUAAUGUAAUGUCGCAAAUGAGAGGGCAACACUACAGUACCAGUCCUCUUUUCGCACAAAAUGUGAUGAACAGUAAGUUCGGACGUGAGCAGAAAAUGGCGCGCCACUGGCUACCCUUAUCUGUCCAUUUAUGAGCUUACUGUAUGAUAUGUGUGACAAAUGAAGUAAUAACAGAGGUAGAGGUUGAUCACAUGCACCACCGUGGAAACUUCCCCUACCUUUUUUAAACAGUAGUGUGUGCUCUUACGUCCACUUCGAGUUCAGUGAUAAAGUUGACUAUGCCACCACCUAAUGAAGUGAUAUGGACUGGGUGAUGUUAUACAUAGCCAGCAUGAUCUUACCAGUUUUUCAAAGACCUCGGUUGUUGGUCUGGCCGGUGUUUAAACCCGAAUCUCCCGCUCAGCAGGACUGGUGCUAUUUUAAUUGAGCUAUCCGGGCGGCAUUAUCUCGUGUAGGCGUUUUCUGCUUACACGAUCUAUUUAUUUUGUUUCUGUAUUAUAGGUAGGCGAAGGUGAAAAGAUGGUUCGUGCGUUGUUUGCUGUUGCCAGAUGUCAUCUGCCUGCUGUUAUUUUUAUUGAUGAGAUAGAUUCACUGCUAUCUCAGAGAACUGAUGGAGAGCAUGAUGCCUCAAGAAGGAUAAAAACUGAAUUCCUUGUUCAACUGGCAAGUGUUAUGCGCAGUAAAGUAUUGACAACAGUGAUUGUUUAUAUAAGCUUUCAUAUUAUGAUGAAAUAGCUUAUCUCUGCACUUUUGUAUUAGUGUGCAAAAAUAAUAACCUUCACGGUAAACAUUCUUUACCGAAAACGAUUUUUCUUGAAAUCUACAAUAACUUCAAGGAAUUUACCGCAAAAUCUUGUCGUGUAUUUUACCUCCCCCUUGACACUAUUAAGAUCAGAGCUUAUAAACGUUCACUUUUUUCUCAGAAAUGUGUAACAGAGACCUUUUUUCCUUCUUUUUAUUUCAGGAUGGCGCAACAACAAAUUCUGAUGACAGACUUCUUGUUGUUGGUGCUACAAAUAGGUACUUUCACUAAUGUCAAGACUGAAUACACGCAAUGGUGAAUUUAUCGAUAAUUUGCUAUUCUCUCUCGGUAAUGAGCAAAUUUGCCAUUUUACAAAAUUAGCAUUUUCUUUCAGACUCUUUUGGCAAUAGAGGGCUUUUAAGCUGAGUUUAUUCCUGGCAAAUAAGCUCAAAAAAGGAUAACAAGCCCGUCGUUUGUGAUAUACUUGGCGGUAUUCUUUCAAAUUCGUCACCUUCUCUUUCAUUAUUUGCAGUGCAGAGACACUGAUCAUUUUCUGUUGUACAAUCUUGGUAUAUCAUUAUGAAUGAAAGUACCUUACCUCGUGAUGAAAAGAUGACAGGGUUACACGCGUCGUUUUUCAUUUGAUGGAUAAGUUGGACGUUGUUUUCCUGUUCUGCCAAAUUUCUAUUUAAGUAGCUAUAUGAAAGCUCUUUUAUUGAGGUUUUCUAUUUACGCCGAUAGGCUUGUCUUUUAUGGGGCAAAUCAAUUCAGUGGUUGAACUAACUGGUGUCUACAUUUUAUUGAUAGGCCUCAAGAGAUAGAUGAAGCUGCAAGACGUCGCUUAGUAAAAAGAUUGUACAUUCCCUUGCCUGAUGCUGGCGCUCGGCAGCAAAUCAUGUACAAUUUGUUAUCACAACAGAGUUACAGUCUCUCUGAACAGGAGAUCAAGAAGAUUGUUCAACAAACACAUGGUAAGAGUAACAAAAAAAAGAACAGCGAGUGAAAAGUCUGUAUUAUAGGUCUUUUAGGUCAGGAGAAGAUGAUUUGUCCUUUUCAGCCGUUUCCUUUUUGGUAGAGUUGCCUGUAAAACCGCAAGUGAAAAGUCUGAAAUAUAGGUCAGAAAGAAAUUCGUGGUUUCCAUUUAACUAUACCCUUAUCGUCUAUUUUUAUUCCUUUUGGUAGACCUCGCCCCCUCAAGUCUCGUGGUGACAACUUGCCCUUUUGACUGAUUGAAAAGGAGCAGAUAGAGCAUAUGGGUUCAUUUCUUAUAGCGACGGUUUUUUUACUCAGUUCCUCUUUCUUUGCAGGUUAUUCAGGCUCAGACAUGGCUAACCUUUGUCGCGAGGCGGCUCUUGGACCGAUAAGAAGCAUCGCCGAUAUUCAGUGUAUUGAAGCUGAUCAGGUG